CCCCUGACCUCUUUCUUCUCUCCCUGUGACAGGUCUGUGAUGGCCAUGAGCAGCUUGGAGGGCAGUGCCACCGAGGCCGUUCAGAUCUGGACACCAGAGACUCUGAGCUGGUGCUAAGGACAUGGGACUCUCCCUCAGAGUUAGAGACAGGCUCAGCAGCACGAGACGUUACAGUGACAAACCAGCAGUGGUGCAGGACUGCUGCCCUCAGUCUCCUCACCCCCUGCAGGACGUCCCCACCACAGGCCCAGCAGCUCCCAGACCCCAGUAACAGCAGUGUGGUAUAGAGACUCUCUGUAAGCUGUGCGUCUGAUGAGGAUGUCUGAUCCUGCUACUGUGAAGGACAUCAGUAGGACUGAGAGCAUGAAGGUUUGUGAGGCUGGAGUGGAGCUGCAGGCAGCAGACUGGACCGACACCACAACAUUAGGAGCAGACAGCAGACGGAACGGUGUGAAGGACAAACCCAAACAGGCUGGGAGCCUGGUGCCGGAACACAAUGCCACCGGUCACCAAGACGGAAGCUGCUGUGACAACGAGAGGGAAACGUCACAGCAGUCUCCUGUAUCAGCUGGCCAGUUGGUGAGGGGCUCUAAGUCCAGGGUAAAGUUAGUACGGAGCCUGGCUGUCUGUGAAGAGUCCUCUCCUCCCUUUCUAACUGCACACCAGCUGACACCAGAUCCUCAGAUAUCCCAGUCCUUUGAUAAGGAGGAGCUGUCUGCCAAGGAGGAGAAAGAGAAGGUGGAGAAACCAGAGAAGAUGUCCCGGAAAAUGCUGUCAAGAGAUUCCAGCCAGGACUACACAGACUCUACUGGAAUAGACCUGCAUGAGUUCCUGGUCAACACUCUAAAGAACAACCCCAGAGACAGAAUGAUGCUGUUGAAGUUGGAGCAGGACAUUCUGGAUUUUAUCAGUAAUAAUGAAAGCCAGAAGAGGAAAUUCCCUCCCAUGACUUCGUACCAUAGAAUGCUGCUACAUCGAGUGGCUGCCUACUUCGGCAUGGAUCACAAUGUUGACCCCACUGGGAAGUCUGUCAUCAUCAACAAAACUAGCAAUACAAGAAUACCAGAUCAAAAAUUCUCCGAACACAUAAAAGACGACAAAACGGAUGAUUUCCAAAAACGCUACAUUCUCAAAAGAGACAACGCCAGCUUCGACCGGGAAGACGGCAUGAUACGAAUGCGCCUGAAAGACGACAGGAGAAGCAAAUCUAUCGAGGAGAGGGAGGAAGACUAUCAGAGAGCCAGGGACAGGAUAUUUGCACCAGAUGGAGAUAAUUUCCACCUAGAUGGAAGGUAA